AUGUGGAGUCAACAACUUCAAGUUGUUGGUAAAAGUCGAUAUUUCUUAAGCGUUUCACCGUCUACGUCGUUAAUUCGCCCAGUUCGAAAUAUGUUUAUCCAAGUGCAGGACACUCCUAAUCCGGCAACUCUGAAAUUUAUUCCGGGUAAAACGAUUAUGGGAAAAGGUAAAGGGACGCUUGAUUUUGUUAAUUUCGUGUCUGCAAAGAGGAGUCCAUUGGCUAUGGAACUCUUUCGAAUUAACGGUGUGAAAAGCGUUUUCUUCGGUGAAGAUUAUAUUACGAUUACAAAACAAAAGGAAGUCGAUGAUUGGGCACUGUUAAAACCUGGAAUUUUUGCAGUACUUAUGGACUAUCUACAGUCAGAGAAACCAAUCGUAAAUGAAGGUGAAAUGCCAAAGAGUCCCGAAGAUACUGAAAUACAUCCGGAGGAUAGUGAUACAGUCGCAAUGAUCAAGGAAUUGUUGGAAUGCCGUAUAAAACCAAUGGUGCAAGAAGAUGGUGGUGAUGUGAUAUAUAAAGGUUUCCGUGAUGGUGUAGUGUAUCUUAAAAUGCAGGGAUCAUGUACGGGAUGUCCAAGUUCAUCGGUGACACUUCAAUCCGGUAUUAAAAACAUGCUACAAUUUUAUGUGCCUGAAGUAAAAGAUGUUGUAGAGGUUAAAGAUGAAGCAGAUAAUAUUUCGGACUCGGCUUUCGAUGAUCUGAUGAGCAAAAUUAGGUGUUUUGGAACGGAUAAUUUAUGUAGAAUUGGUAAAAAUGAACGAACGAAACAGAAGGAGAAAGCAGAAGUUUGUGGAUAUCUGCUUUAUAAAAGCGGAGAUAAAGUUGCAAUAAGUCGUUCUUGUGAAGUCGUAUUGGUUGAUAGCCUCAAUAGUGAAAAAUGGAGACAUAAUGUGCCUUACGGUUCUAAGCCUCAUGCGGAUGAAGAUAUGAAGUUGAUGUCCAAAAGUUUUCAGGCAUCUUUUGGUCUCGGGGUUUAUGUUGGUAUCUAUCUGGAUCAAAACCGCCAGAUUCAACCACUUUCUUCACCGAAAGAACUGUUUAGUCGUUUCUUGGAUGAAGCUGAUCACUUUCUGACUGGUGUUCGUGAAGAAAAUAUGAGUGACCGGGAUCAAGUGAGGAAAAUGGAGGAAGAUUUCUUCAAGGACGUAGAGGAUUGGUUCAAACCGAAGAAGCGUUAUCCAUAA